CCCUAUUUGUCCGCUUCUUCCUGUCGCUCUAGUAGCAGAUUAAAUUGCGCAUCGGUUUGGCAGCAGUCCUCGUAAUCCAUUUAUUUCUGUACAAAUUGGGAUAAAUCGGCCAUUAAAAGGGUUAAAAUGCUCGCCGUGGUCCGCAAACAACUUAAAAGCCACCCAGCUUUGAUCCCCCUCUUCAUCUUCAUUGGUGGAGGGGCAGCGAUGUCCAUGAUGUAUCUGGCUCGUUUGGGCUUGAGAAACCCCGAUGUCUGCUGGGAUCGCAAGAAUAACCCAGAGCCCUGGAACAAACUUGGCCCGACUGAUCAGUACAAGUUUUUCGCAGUCAACAUGGACUACAGCAAGUUGAAGAAGGACCGCCCUGACUUCUAAAGCUCUGCUGGAACAAAAGCACAAAGAGAAGCUGAACCGCACAAACAGCUUUAAUCAAAACUUUACAUGGGAAUCUUGAGACGCAGAAGCAAAACCCGCACAGAUCCAUAUCUCAUUUUCAUUGCAUCCCAUUGGCUUUUUGAAAUUGAGUUUAUAUUUUCAAUAAACUAAAGGAGUCUCUCUCCUCCAUACAGAGAAAA